AUGAAGAUGCCCAUGAAGAGAGUCCCUGAGUCUCAGGGUUCAUCUGUGGUUCACCUGCAGCCCCCGCACAAGCUGGUGGCUGGCAUUCAGGACGAGCCCUACAUGACUCUGAUCGGCAAACACUUGGCUUCGUUUGCGGAAAAUUGCGGCGGCGGCGAGGAACUAGAGAAGAACUCAUUGCCCGGUUGUGAAGAGGGGGAAAUAGGGACAGAUCUGGGCAUUAAAUCAGAAUCAGAAAACUGCAACGAAAUCGCAUCCUCUGAAGAAGAGGAAGGCCAUGUUCCUGAAAGAAAAACAUUCCUAAGCGAGGAACAACAAUGUCAGAAAAAAACUAUAACUCAGAUCAUCAAGGACAAGAAAAAGCAGACACAGCUCACGCUGCAGUGGUUGGAAGAAAACUACGUCGUGUGUGAUGGAGUCUGUCUGCCCCGGUGUAUUCUCUAUGCCCACUAUUUAGAUUUUUGUAGGAAAGAGAAGCUGGAACCAGCCUGCGCUGCCACUUUUGGAAAGACAAUACGCCAGAAGUUUCCUCUUCUCACCACCAGAAGACUUGGGACAAGAGGACACUCAAAAUAUCACUAUUAUGGAAUUGGCAUCAAAGAGAGCAGUGCAUAUUACCAUUCAGUCUACUCGGGUAAAGGCUUGACAAGGUUUUCAGGAAGCAAACUGAAAAGUGAGGGAGGCUUCACACGGAAAUAUUCGCUCAGCUCAAAAACUGGAACGUUGCUCCCAGAGUUCCCCAAUGCACAGCAUCUUCUUCUUCAAGGGCCCAUCUCAAAGGAAAAGGUAGAUACACUAAUUAUGAUGUACAAAACCCAUUGCCAAUGCAUCCUGGAUAAUGCAAUCAAUGGAAACUUUGAAGAGAUUCAGAACUUUUUAUUACAUUUUUGGCAAGGGAUGCCUGACCAUCUUCUUCCACUGCUGGAGAAUCCUGUCAUCAUUGAUAUAUUUUGUGUAUGUGACUCCAUACUCUACAAAGUCCUGACAGAUGUGUUGAUUCCAGCCACAAUGCAAGAGAUGCCAGAAAGUUUGCUAGCAGACAUCAGGAAUUUUGCUAAGCAUUGGGAGCACUGGAUGUCUUCAUCACUGGAAAAUCUCCCAGAUAGCCUUUCUGAAAAGAAACUUCCCAUUGCGCAGAGAUUUGUUUCUUCUCUAAAACGGCAAACUUCAUUUUUACAUCUCGCACAGAUUGCCAGGCCUGCUUUAUUUGACCAGACUGUUGUGAAUUCCAUGGUGGCUGACAUUGAAAAGGUGGAUCUAAACAGCAUUAGUUCACAGGCCCUACUUACAGUAUCGGGUGGAACAGAUCAGGACUUUGAACUGUAUUCUGAUUAUGACUCUAUUACAGUGUUUCAAGAAUUGAAGGACCUGUUGAAGAAAAAUGCUACAGUGGAAUCAUUCAUUGAAUGGUUGGACAUAAUAGUAGAGCAAAGGGUCAUCAAGCCAAGUAAACAAAAUGGAAGAUCCCUUAAGAAGAGAGCUCAAGAUUUUCUUUUGAGAUGGAGUUUUUUUGGAGCCCGAGUGAUGCAUAACCUCACUCUAAACAAUGCUUCAAGCUUUGGUUCCUUUCAUCUGAUUCGAAUGCUGUUGGAUGAAUAUAUUCUAUUGGCCAUGGAGACUCAGUUUAACAAUGACAAGGAGCAGGAACUACAGAAUCUCCUGGACAAAUAUAUGAAAAAUGCAGAUGCUAGCAAAGCAACAUUCACAGCAUCACCAAGCUCCUGUUUUCUUGCAAAUCGUAACAAAAGCACAUUGCUUUCCAAUGAUGCUAUGGUAAAAAAUGAAUCUUUGGCACCACAGCCAUAUGCAUCUCUAGCACCAAGCCAACACAACUUAGCUACUAGUGUGACUCCAUUCGCAAAUGCUGAAAAUGAUGUCCUUCAAAUAACAGAUCCUAUGGAGCUUUCUCACAGUAACAGUCAUGUGAUCACUCCACCUCUAUCUCCAACUUUGGGCAACAGAGGAAGUGUAAUCAACCAAGGACCAAUGGCUGUUAGGUCUCAGAAUGGCAGCUGUACAUUAUCUGCCCACACGCACUGUCACCCGUACCCAGAGUCCCUCUACCAGACUUUGCCCCAGCCUGAUCAAGCCUUCUAUGGCACUAGCUCCAAUUAUCAAGCCAUGUUCAGGAAUCAGACACAUGCUUCUCCUGCAGUGUACCACCAUAGAGUGGAUCCUAGUCGUUUCACCUCUUUCAAUGAACAAGCAGUUUCAAGGGACUACUUCAACAGUAGCUGUGCUGUGUCACCCUAUAACACCAGAGCUCCAUCUAAUUUUGGGUCAUCUUCAAAUCCGCAGGAAGCACACAACAUGCAGUUGCUAAAUGGAGGCACCUUUAACUUUUUGGGGAAUUCAGUUGCAUGUCAAGGAGCAUCAUUUCCUUCCACUGGCUCCAAUGGUUACUAUAGUCACAAUAGCUACCCGGAAUCCCACAGACUGGGGCCCAUGAUUGACCAACAUGUAUCUGUUAUUAGUAGUGUUAGCAGCAUUCGAUCGGUAGCUGGUUACAAUGACAUCCAUGAUCCGCUCAACAUUCUGGAUGAUAAUGGAAGGAAACAGGCAGGAUCAUUCUAUGCAGAUUCUUCAUCAUUAGUUUGUCGAGCUCCUGUGGCUUCACAUAUGCAAAGUGUGAUUUCUUCAUCUUCUUCCCAAUGCAUGUACAGCAACAACUCAAGUCAAUAUAAUUCUCAGGAUACAAUUGAUGUCCACAGACAGCCUGGGGAGGUGACAAAUAUGGUAUCGUCUUUACCCCCAAUCAACACAGUGUUCAUGGGGGCCACAGCUGGAGAAACAUAGUGUUUCACUGAAAAUUCAAAGCCUAUCAAACAUGCAAUGUUUCUCAAAAACACAUUAAUGGGAUCAUCUGAACAAUAUUCCAGGAUUUUUGCAGCUGUCUGUGAAUCCAAGAACCACGUGGGUAUCUUAAUUGCAAACUUUACUACUUGCCAGACAGAAAAUGGCAUCAUAAAUGUGGAGAACGCAUAUGGUAGAAUUUACCAAUGUCAAAAAUGAAGAAUGUUGCUUCAGAGUGAUAACUUAAUGUUUACUUCUGGGAUAAAACAUAGAAGAUUAAGCAGGUAUUAAUUUUUCAACAGUCAAAUUGUAACAUGCAGUUUACAAUUAUUAUUUAUAAUUACCUGUAAUAUGCUACAAUCAUUUCUGUGUUUAAUUAUCAGUUAAUGAUGCAAUGCCACUUGUUAUUCGAGAUUCAUUUGCUGUUGUGUAUUUAUUAUUUGUGAAAAUCAUUGUUUUUCUCUAAAGUUCAUUUAUGCCUGGCUCUUUAGUUUCAUUGAUUUGAUUUCCUUUCUGCAUAUUAAUAGACAGACACGGGAACACAAAUCUCAGCAAAUUAAUUUGCCAUUGAGGACUUUUUCAUUGGGGUAGAACUUCCUACAAACGCAACAUCAGCAAUGUACAUUGUCAUGUAAAAUGAGAACACUUACAAUCUCAUUGUUGUUCAAUUCUUCCAAAAUUUCCUGGUUUUCCUGGAAAUAGGGAAAGUGCUAGAUAUUAGAGUGAGCACUGGCAAGUGUAUGACAUAUGGCAAAAUAGCUGAAUCUUAAGCAUGAUUCCUGACUGCUCAAUAUUGCUUAUGCGUGAGUGACAGGGCUAUGAUGCACUCAGCAGUCUAUAUGCUGGUGGCACAAUGAAAGGAAAUUGUAUUUUGAAGAUGAAUUCGCUUAUCCUCACAAUGCAUGGAAGGUCAUUGAAUGUUUAGCAGUGCCAUAGCCAGAUUCUUAGAGUCACAUUCCUUUCGUUGGCCUCCUUUCCUGCUAGCUUUCAUUUCUUUUGCAGUAUGUUGCUAGAGAGCCUCAUGAUUCCCUGUUAAAACAUUGGACUGAAUUUUCUGGGGAUGGUGCAAUGCAGCCCUAACAUUGUUUAUAACUUUAAUACAUUUCCCACAAAGGAAAGUCCCACUCUUGAGAACUGCAGCAGUCCAAUUUGAUUGGCGGGUAUCUGCGUAACUCUAAUAGCACCAGAAUUCAGUAGUGGGCACUGCUGAGACUACAAGUAUUCAUGACGAGAAGCUCCAUAGUAACCAGUCUUGGAGGCAAGUCUGGCUUCUCAGUUGAGAGGGAUUGGGGAACUUCAGGCAAGGCGGUGAGUAAAACUUUGGAGGCCAAAAUGGAAUUGCAAAGGGAAGUGGGGGUAACAUUUUGUGGGAAAUACCCCCAGAUGACAUAAGGCACUGACAAAGGUAGAAACGCCGCUCUCACCUUUUCACCUGCAAUGGUGAAGUAGUGGGCUGCCCUCUUUCAUUCUGCCUUCCUUAGCCACAUGUUACUGUGGCAGGAGGGCAAACCAACAUUUAACUGGCCAUUAAUUGACCAGUUAAGGGCAUCAAUAAGUCUAAAGGAGGGCUGACUGUUGCAUUUGACACCCACUGUAUUAAGGAGGACAGCUUGGGGAUGAGCAGGAAGGUGACAGUCUGGGCACCCAUUCUACUUUACAUGCUCCUCCUUCCUGGACAGCAAAUACGUUGGCUGAGUGGGUGGAGGAGGGGGGAGGUGCUGUGAAAUUUCCACCAUGAUCUCUUCCUCUUUACCUCCUGGAUCAAGGGCUCCAGCACUGCAUCAGAAAACCUAAGACCUCUGGCCUGUUUCUCUAUUGAUGCCCUCAUCCCAACUCUGAAACAUCUUCAGUUAUGGUGCUACAAGCUACUGCAAAGUGAAUGCAUUUACUUCCCAGGAGUGUAGGUGGCAUUUAACGCUGGCCAACAUGUGCUGGCCAUGCACCCAAUGGGCUUCCUUCUGAACAUGUAGCCAGUCGGUAGAACUUGUUGCACACCACUAUUGUUGAGCAAGCAAUCUGAAGUUUACAGGUUGCCUGCAUCACCUCACAUUGGCAAGUGGUCAUCACACAUAAAAAUCCCUCUGCCAGAAAACAAGACACAUCCAAUUUUUAAUCCAUCACGUUUGAUUUUGCUUCCAGCUAGUGUCAAACCAUUAUCUCAUAAUUAUGUGAUUGCACUUGUCCAUUUUUGGGUGCUAAGAGAUUAUUGCAGUAACUUUUCACAAAUCCUUAAAGCUAAAUUCAUCUGUUGUCCAAUGGCAUCUCAACCCAAUGCCCCUUUAUUAGUUUAUAUCUGUUGUCAGAAUUAUUGAAAUGUAUGACAAAUUUUCAUUAUAAAUGCAAUACUGUUGUCCUUUAUUUCUGGGGAGCACCCUCUGAGCAAUUAGAGUACUGCUUCAGAUGUCAGGGUAAUACAGUAUAGACAGAAUAAAUAUGUACACAAAUAUCAGACAUGUUAAAAAGGCAUAGCUUGUCUAAGCAGAGUGACAAAACUCCAUCAAGUGUUUUCUCCACAGGUCUAAAAAGCUGUUCAGAAAAGUUUAUGUUUAUUUCGGACCUUCUAUGACAUCAGAAUACCCCAAAUUGCUUCACAGCUAUCCCUCAUUAAGUAUGCCUAAUGUGUUCCAUAAAAAAGGUAUACUAAAGAAAAACAUGCCAAAUGAUAAUAACUUACCCAAAAGAAAACAUGUAAUAAGGG